CAUGUUUUAAAGUGGAAACAGCUAUCACAUGCAGUGAAGUGUAUCGGUUAGUGGAGUGCCCGUUUAACGCUUUGGACAUCUUUAGGUCAUACACUAACAGACUCCGAGUUGGUAAUACGUACAAUAUAUCCUUACAGCCUUUACACAAGUGUCUUCCGUUUCUUGCUUCCUGGGGUUUUCUGCUUUCGUGGACUCUCUGUUCUCGUGGAUUUGUAGAAGUAAUACAUUUACUACGAUUUAUGUAUUUCGAUGUCUUACGCCGACCUGUUCUCUUUCUAUCUCCUCUUCUAAUACGUGCGUUACGUAGUUAAACUUUGUCCAGUUCAUCACUCGCUGCCAUGUGAAUUUAGACACAUACCUUUUUCCAGUCGCUCAGCCAGCUAAGCAAACGAUAAGGGGGAGGGGAAAGGAAAAGACGCGAGAGGGAGAGCUGGGAGGGGAGGAAGGAGUGGUAAAGCAGUGAUAAAUUACCCCUGGUGUCAGAAGGAGGAGCUUGAUCCAGAGAGGGAGAGAGAAGGGUGCAAAAAAAAAAAAAAAAAAAAAAGAUAGGAAGAAAGAAAGGAAAAAGACGUACACAAGGACAAAGCAUUGUCCGGGAUCAUAAGCAGUACCCCGUCUAUAGCACAGCGAGAGGUGAUCAGAUUGCCAGCGCGGCCCAUCAAGGUCUUUUUGCCCCUCUCCACUUCUGCUGGUUUAUGGAGAAGAAUAAAAUGGUUUCGCAGGGUAACCAGGAGCCAACUGCUACUCCUGACACAAUGGUUCAGCCUUUUGCUGCUAUCCCUUUCCCCCCUCCACCACCCCAAAAUGGUCUAGCCACAGAUUAUGGGAGCCAGCAUGCAGAAUAUGCUGCCACAUCCACUGACCAUGGGCUUCCUCUGUAUGGAGGUGGGCAAAGCCACACAGAGCACAAUGCUCCUGCAACCAGCACAGCCAACGCUUCCAGUACGCAGACAGAUGGAGCUCAAGCAGAAGGACAGCAACCUCAAACACAAAACAGUGAUAAUGCUGAAUCCAAACCAACUCCAAAAAGGCUUCACGUCUCAAACAUCCCCUUUCGUUUCCGGGACCCCGACCUUCGUCAAAUGUUUGGGCAAUUUGGCAAGAUACUCGAUGUGGAAAUUAUAUUUAAUGAACGUGGAUCCAAGGGUUUUGGUUUUGUAACUUUUGAAACUAGCGCGGAUGCUGACCGGGCCCGGGAGAAAUUGCACAGCACGGUGAUUGAGGGGCGAAAAAUCGAGGUGAACAAUGCAACAGCUCGUGUGAUGACAAAUAAGAAAACUGUGACUCCUUAUGGAAAUGGUUGGAAGCUCAGUCCAGUUGUAGGAGCUGUGUAUGGACCAGAGCUUUAUGCAGCUGCACCAGGGCUCCAAGCUGACGUCUCUCUGGCCACUGAGGCUGGUGUCCCCCUACCUGGACCACGGGGGGUUAACACGUACAUUCCGUUGAUCAUUCCUGGCUUCCCCUACCCCACUGCAGCAGCCACUACAGCAGCUGCCUUCAGGGGGGCACACCUGAGAGGCCGAGGGAGGACGGUGUAUGGUGCAGUGAGGGCAGUGCCUCCUACAGCAAUCCCCACGUAUCCUGGACUAGUCUUACAGGAACCAAUUCUAAACCCUAAACUACCUCAGGGUGGAUAUGCAGCUUACAGAUACACGCAACCAGCCACCGCAGCAACAGCUGCCACAGCCGCUGCAGCAGCAGCUGCAGCCUAUCAAGACGGGUACGGCAGAGUAUAUACAACCGAUCCGUACCAUGCUUUGGCCCCUGCUACCAGUUACGGAGUGGGAGCUGUGGCGAGUUUAUACAGAGGUGGUUACAGCCGAUUUGCUCCGUACUGAAGUGACGUAAGCCUACUAUACCCCAUUGAACCAGGACAAAACUGACCUUCUUCCCAUCUUCCUGUUUCCCUGUCCCUCCACUAUCAAAGUUUGUGAGGCCUGGCUUUUGCAAUACUUAAAAAGAAAACAGUCUACAGGAAUUUUCUAGCAGUGCAAGAUGGGUGGAUAUGACUGAAAUAUAUACAAAACUAACAUAAAGGACAUUUUUUAUACCUCAACCUACUAUUCAAAUCUGUAAUUUUUAUUUCUUCAUUUUUUAGGGGGUGUGUUCAUUUUGUUCCAAAGAUUGUGUUUAUUUUUUAUUUUUAAACUGUGGUAAAAAUGUGUGUAUAUAAUAUUUACUUAAGUAUGUGCUGUGAGCUUUUUUAUUAUUAUUUCUAGAUUUGGAGUGGAGAUUUACAAAAAGAUAGGAUGUAUGAAAGAGAGGGUUGGAUUUGGGAAAGGAAAGAAAGGACAGUGCUCUGCAUUUUUAUAUUUUUUUUUCCAUUCGCUUGUAUAAGGCAAAACCUUGACAUGAAGUUGCACGUAGUAACAGUAUUUAUCCAUACUUCUCUAUUAUAACUGUCUCAGGCAAACAGUACAAACUUUUCUUGUGGCUACUGAGCAAAGUAUAUCAGUUAGUUUGCUUAGAAUGGCAAUUAUAAUUCAAAAUGAUUGCUGCUCAGUUUUAGUUAUGGUGCAGUUCAAUUUUACAUAAAGAACAGUAAUGGUAAUUUUGUAUGUAUUGCAAUAUACCAUCAAAAUGGUUAAAAAUUCAGUAAUGUAGACUGAACAGUUAUAAUCUAAUAUUAUUUUGCAAUGUAUAAAUAAAUAUGUAAAUAUAUGCAAAAAAACCAAGAUUGGCUGCGGAGAUGAAGAUGGCAAACUUAAACAUAUGUAUGCAUAUACAUAUGUUGUUACAUCACAGUAAUAGAUAUUUUGAUCCAGGAGCUGGGGUUGGGAAAUUGCCCUGGGGAGUGCUCUUGUUUUGAGGGAAAGGGUUUUCUUUAUAUUGCGUGUGUUUUCCUUACUAGUCCUUCUAUACCCCCACAAUGGCUAAAAUAAGACCGUAUGGCAGCAUUUGCAACAUGAUAGAAUCCUUUCUGUACUUUUUUAUUGAAUGUGAUGAAUGAUAUGAAAAAAAAGGAAAUGUUUUGGGUUUAAUUAACUAUUCAUCCAGGUUUUCAUCUGGGCUCAGCUGUCCCUUCACAAAUUACAUCAUUUUGUUUAAAAUACCUUAAAGGUGUGCUGUUCCACAUACCAUGAUGACUAUAUAGUCCAUCAAACAGAAUAUAUCAAAAGUAUCAUGCCUAAUCGCUCCACUCUCUCCAGAAAUAACACUAAUUUUUGCAACAUUCAGAUUUUUCUCAGGGAAUUCUUGAUUUGUUGAAAAUGAAGCUAGUUAAAAAGCCUUGGCAACAAAGCUGUUUCUAUGCUGUUUUUAUGAGAUUAAUACAUUAAACAAGUAAGAGAACAGAUGUGCUUAACUUGGUUUGCCAAGUCUGCUAAAGUAGUGAGCAAAUGUUUUGUCUAGGUGGAACAGCACCUUUAGUAAUCUGAGAACAAACAUUUGAGUAUUGUAUUUUCUGUUUGUUUUUUUAAAACUAAAUUAUGAACUGCAAUGAGAUACAGGAAACCUUCUGUGACUCGCCCACAUAUUGCUGUUUAAGUAUAAUAUAUAUACUUUAAUUAGCCAACACCAAAAUAUGUCAUGGAUUUUUGAACUUUUUUUUUGCAAACCAAGAUUUCAUAUAUUAAGUUCCAGGAUUUAUUUACUUAUACAUUUACCAUAUGAUUAAAGGUACAAAAAUCA